ACGUACACACAUAUAUAUAAAAAGCACUGAUCACUGCAAACCCUAUCUCUCGAUUCGAAGACGCUGGAAUCCUUCAUCCUCUACCCUCCUUUCUCUCCUCGAAUCUUCAAAUUUGUAGUCAAAGCCUCAAUUUUUUAUUUUUAUUUUUAUUUUUUUUUUGAUUUGAUUGGAUUGGAUUUGAUUCUCUGUAGGUAUAUUAGGGUUAGGGUUUUGAUUUGUACGAAUCAUUUCAAUUAAUCGCUUAACUUCUUGAAAUGUACUUGUUUUUCUUGUUUUCUUUGAAUUUGAUCAGUAUUAUGUAACAGAGAAAAUAGCUAGGAUUAGGGUUAGGGUUUUCGAUAUAUAUAUUUUUUUCUCUUGGUUGUGUAUUGGUUGUGGUGAUGGAGAUGGAGAGUUCUCGCAGACCUUUAGAUAGAUCAAGAGAACCGGGUCUGAAGAAACCUAGAUUGGCCGAAGAGCAACCCAUCGUCGAUCGCAAUUCAAACAACAGGUCUUUUGUGGCUUCGAGAUAUCGAGCUAACGACAGAGAUAGAGACUCGGAGAGUAGUGAUUCGGUGAGAGGGACUUUUCAACAACAACAAUAUCAAGAGCUUGUGAGUCAGUACAAGACUGCUCUUGCGGAGCUGACUUUCAAUUCCAAACCCAUCAUUACUAAUUUGACUAUUAUUGCCGGAGAGAAUCAGCACGCUGCGAAGGCGAUCGCAGCUACGAUCUGCACGAACAUUCUCGAGGUUGCUAGUGAGCAAAAGCUUCCAUCACUUUAUCUUUUAGAUAGUAUUGUGAAGAAUAUUGGGAGGGAUUACAUAAAAUAUUUUGCUGCCAGAUUACCCGAGGUAUUCUGCAAGGCAUAUAGACAGGUUGACUCUUCUAUUCAUCCUGGAAUGCGGCAUCUUUUUGGAACAUGGAAAGGAGUCUUCCCUCCUCAGGCACUUCAGGCGAUUGAGAAAGAUCUUGGUUUUCCACCUGCUGUCAAUGGUUCAUCUUCAGGAUCUACAACAUCUAGAACUGAUUCACAGCCUCAACGGCCAGCACCCAGCAUUCACGUAAAUCCUAAGUAUUUAGAGGCAAGACAGCGUUUUCAACAGUCAAGCAGGGUAAAAGGGGCAGCCAGCGACAGUACCGGAACCAUGGUUAACUCACUUGAGGAUGCAGAGAGGUUGGACAAGGCUGUUGGUAUUACUUCUGGGAAGCCAUGGGCAGAACCUCCUCUUAAGAUGCAUAAUAUUCAGCGUCCUCAAAGAGAUGUGUUGAAUGAGUCUGUUUGUGAGAAAAACAUUGGUGCAGCAUCAGGAGAUUAUGAAUAUGGUUCUGAUCUUUCAAGGCAUUCAGGUUUGGGAAUUGGAAGAGCUAGUGAGAGGGUUACGGAGAGAGGAUUCGACAAACCUUGGUAUGGAGCUGGCAGCAACAUGGCAGAGACGAUUUCCAGCCAAAGGAAUGGUUUUGAUAUCAAGCACGGGUUUCCAAGUUACCCAGCCCCUAGAUCGACAAACACUGAUGUGCAUCUACAGCCAACACAGAGUGUUUCCGGUAGAAGCAGCAGUGGGAUGGAUAGGAGCUGGAAGAACUCUGAUGAAGAAGAGUAUAUGUGGGAUGAUUUGAACUCUAGAUCAAGUGAUCAUGGUGCAAUCAAUAGGUCAAAGAAAGAUCGUAGGAUGCCUGAUGACUCUGAAAGAUUGGGCUAUGAAAACCAUCUCCGGAAACGACAAAACGCACAUGAUGUUGGGUCAAGGGUCGAUAGAGAAGCUUCAACUGAUUCACUGUCCACAGAACAGAGAGAUCAAGCAUCUUUUGGGCAUCGAAUGCCAUCAUUGUGGACACAGGAACAACAUUCAACAGAUGGCCAUUCAGGCUCUGGUAGAAUUAUCUCUGGUCAUUCAGAAGGUUUUCCUAGUUCUUUCAGUGGGUUGCCAACAACUGCAAGUUCUCUAACCAGGAUGCCAUUCAAUUCACAGAUGGGACCAUCUCAUCUUGGUACCGCAAGUUUUGGGUUUUUGACUAAUCCGGUGUCAGGUUCCACUGGAUCAGUGGGGCAACGACACUCUGUAGGAUCUGCAUCGCCUUCUGGGCAGUCACCUAGGCACCAGCAUCCUCCCUCACCUUCGCUAACGCGCCAUCCCCAUCAAGUAUUACACACUUUGAAUGACCAAGACAAUCUGCAAGCUCAUCCCCUUCCUCAUCCAGAGCUGAGAAAACCUCAAUUUUCAGUGCCGUUAAACAUUAAGCCACCUAAUCAAUUUUCUCAGGAUUAUGUGCCUGUGCAUACUCAGAAUAUUCAUCCAGGAAAGUCUCAAAAAUUGCCAUCCCAAAAUAUAGAGACUUCAUCUCCCAUUAUGCCUUCUAGUCAACUGAAGCAACAUGUUCCUUAUUCGCAGCAACUACCACCAGACCCUAUAUUGUCUGAACCUUCUGGUCUAUCCCAUAAGUUGCCAAUGCCUCAUAUUGCAGGUUCUGGAAACCCGUCAACCACUGGGAAUUCAUUAUCAGAUAAUGCAACUCCUGCAGAAACCCCAGGGCGACAAAGCACGAGUAGCUUGUUGGCCUCAAUAAUGAACAGUGGAAUACUCACUAACAACUCUGUUACUGAUAGCCUGCCUAAAUUGGGUUUUCAGGAUUCUGGGUCAUCAUCUCAAUCAGCAACACAACCGCCUCUACCAAGUGGCCCUCCGCCUACUCAAUUCACACCCUCUGGGUCCUCAGGGCCUAGAUUUGAUGCAGGAUCCCCACCAAGUCUACCUUCCCAUGAAAAAACACCAGUUUCCACAACUUUCUCUCAGCGAAAGGUUGAACAGCCGCCUCUGCCACCUGGUCCUCCCCCUUCCUCACUUAUGGGUAGUGUAUCAGCACAAGCUUCAAAAACAAUGAAUUCUGUCUCUACUCCAGUGUCAAGUCUACUCAGCUCAUUGGUUGCAAAGGGAUUAAUUUCUGCAUCGAAGUCAGAGUCACCAACACCUGUGUCAGAGCGGAUUCCUACUCAACUCCAAAACCAGAAAGCAAGCAUUAUCAAAACUAGCUCUGUGCCUGUUUCUUCAGUUCCAGUAACCUCAACUAUCACAGUUUCAUCUAAUGAGGAUGAGCUUUCCAAACCUGCAGCUAAGAGCUCUGUGACGUUAUCUCAAUCCACCCCAGCAGAGAUAAAAACUCUCAUUGGUUUUGAGUUUAAGCCAGAUGUGAUUCGUCAGUCGCAUCCAUCUGUAAUCAGUGAACUCAUUGAUGACCUUCCUCAUUGUUGCAACAUAUGUGGUCUUCGACUUAAACUUCAAGAACGAUUUGAGAGACACAUGGCGUGGCAUGCGUUGAGAAAUCCUGAAAUGAACAGUUUAAAUAAGGCUUCAAGGAGUUGGUAUGCGAAUUCAGCUGAUUGGGUUGUUGGAAACUCUGGAAUGCCAUCUGGAUAUGAAUUCACUGGUGUGUUGGAAGCUCCUAGCAAGGCAAUGGAGAAGAGUGAGGAGAUGGUUUCUGCAGAUGAAAGUCAAUGUGUAUGUGUUUUUUGUGGUGAGGUUUUUGAAGAUUUCUACUGUCAAGAAAGGGAUGAAUGGAUGUUCAAAGGAGCUAUUUACAUGACCAUGCCUUUGGGAGAUGGUAUGGUAGGAACUUCAAGUGAGAGUGCUGCUAGGGGUCCUAUUGUUCAUGCAAAGUGUAUAUCAGAAAGUUCAGUUCAGGAUUUGGGAUUGGCCAGCAGUGUGUAAUUGGAAAAAGGAAUCACAAUAUUUCAAGGUGGAAAAGGAACACGAUCAUAAUGCAUUCGCAUAUGGUAAAGAAACUAAUGGAGGAUAACCAGGUUUUACAAUUCAUAACUUAUAUAUGCAUCGCCCUUUGGUGCCAAACUACCUGUGCCUAAAAUUGUUGCCAAAAGUUGCUUACUUGUUUUGUCUGUUCUCAAUUUUCCUUUUCUCAAUUCACAGAGGAAUCAUAUAAAGAAAUGCCAGUUCCCCAGAUGGUUUGCACACCAUUUCUGUUCUCUAAUUUGGUUGAUGUUUUUGUUUUUGUUUUUCCCUUAUUUUUGCUUGUUUUGAUUAGCUAAAUCAACCUUUUGGCUCGACUUCUGAAUCUGUUGCGGGUGCAUAGCAAAAAACGGCCAGCCAUGUACAUUCAGCUUUGCAAUCAGCAGAAUGCAUGCCGUUAUAUCAUCAAAGUCGCAAAUGCGCUCGCACAUUUUGUUUGUUUUUAUGCCCUUCUUUGGCUGAGCAUUGUUUUCUUCUCUUUUUUUUUUUUUUUGGAAAAAUUAUUUAAAGUACUCUGUUUCUAAUAGAAUAAUCAAUUUCAGUACUAUACUACUGGCCUUGCAGCUGUCCUUAAACUUGUAUUGGCGUAACAUUGUUCUUUCUUUCAUCUUUCAUGUUGGUUUUUGCUCA